AUGAAAUUGGAUAAACAAGCAUUACAUGAUCCUGAUAAUGGUUAUUGGUGUAGAGUAUGUGAAGAUUGCUUUAAAUCUCGAGAUGGUUAUUUUGAUACAGAAGGUGUGAUAAGAAGUCACACUUCAACAUUUAUUAAAAGUCGAACGAAAGGAAUUGAAAGAGCACAUUUGGAAGGUAAUAGAUUAGAAAAGCGAUUAGAAAAGCUGGCAAAAGCCUAUACCGAUCCGAUUAAGCCAGCUAAUAAUACACAAGGCGGAUUAACACCUCCUUUGACUUUGAAACAUCGAAGGAGAGAGCAAUUAAUUGUCAAAUGGGAGGAUGAUGCAUCAGUAACAAAUUGCCCUUUGUGUCGAACCUCUUUUGGCAAGAUAACAAAUCGUAAACAUCAUUGUCGUCUUUGUGGACGAGUUGUUUGUGAAAAGUGCUCUUCAAAAAUUUCUUUAAAUUUGAAUAAUAGUUAUUCAGAAACGACAGAACAAGACACUAUCGGUGAAAUUAGAUCAAGUCAAGAAAUAGUUAAUCAAACUCAUGCAGAUUAUCAACUCGCAGCACGUACUCGUAAAGAAUUAUUGGAAAAUUUUGCACAAUUUGAUAAGAUUAGUAAAAAAAUAAAUAGUUUAUCUGCCAAAACGGAAUCAGAAAAACAAGAAAUAGUAGAAGAUUUAAGACAACAAUUAAUAGUACUUUUGGAACAAGAGGAAAUAGUUCAAGGAUAUAUUCAUGUAGCUACUAGAAAACGUAAAUUUGAUGAUGUAAAAACUUUAAAAACUUCAUUAGAUGAACUAAGAUUAGAAAUUGAUAAAAAAAAAAAAGAACUUGGCGAUUUAUAA